GCUGAAAUUCACGAUGAAAUCACUUAGAUUCGAUGCAAUUCGUCAAAUAUCUCACGUACUAAAAUUCGUUCAGCGAGUGAUGGAGACAUAGAUGUAAAUGGAAACGUGUACUCGUAAAUUGUGUUAUCUUUCGUGGCCCAUAAAUUUUUAGUCCGAGAUUGGAGUUUUAUCGUUUUAUAUCAAAUAACAUACUAGUUAAAUUGAAUAAAAAAGGUUUAUUAUAAAAAGUACCAAAGAAAUGGACCGUAGUCACCAUUUACAUGGUAACAUGGCUCGACACGUAGUGUUACUUAAUGCUGCAAGUUUUUUUCCUCUUUCUUUUUGCCUAGCUCCCUGAAUAUUUCAAAUUUUAGUUAUAUAAAAUAUUUUUGCUGACGAGUUUAGUUACUAUAGUUUCUAAAAUGGUCUAGAAAAAGAUGUCAUAUAUAAAUAUAAUAACUCGGUAAUGGCUACGUAUAGAGUCAGCCACGUAACACUAAAUGGAUGUGUUAUGGACCCCUAGUACACUUCCAUUAUACACGAAUCGAUUGUGUGUACAUUUUACGAUUAAACAUAAUAUUUCUUAACCUAUAAUUAUUAAUUUUGUACAUCAAAUUUCUUUUUCUGAAAUAGCUAAUUCCCACUAGCAAAUUGAUUCAAAACAUAGUUGAGUAUAACAUAAUGAUUUGGGGACAGAAAAUAUAAUUAUAAUUGUGUUAAGUGUUUUGGAAACAAGUCAAAAUUAGUUAUUUAUCGUCACUUAUAUUACUAUGACUUUUAGAAAACGAAAAACAUAAAUUAUGUACUGUCUCCUAUUGAGGACUUGCAUUAUUUGAGAGGUUACACUACAAUAUCAUUUUCUACAUGUAUGAUGCGCACAACUAGAAAGACGAAUUCCAAAAACCAAAAUAUUGGGAAACUACUCGAACAAUAUUUCUAACGUCAUCCACCACAUGAUAUUUGUGGUUUUUAGCGGAAUAAAUUCCAACACACCACAUGAUUUGCGAAGCUACAACUUUCUUUCUUAGCCGUGAGAAAUUGAAUAUUCCUUCCUCUUAUUCUGCAUAUUCUUUGUACUUGUUUCGUUACGCACUGCUUCCGUGUAGCCUACGUAUAUAUACACUCAAACUGUUUUGAUGUAACCUGUUUUCUCCACCGAAAAUCAUACUUAAAGUGUAAUUUGGUUUUUGUCUCGUUGAUCUAUACUACAUAUCAGUUCCUACUUAAAAGUAAACUGAUUAAUAGAAAUUCCCAUGAAUAUAUAUAUAAACUCGAAGUCGAUUUUUUAAAAAAGUAUAUCUAGUGAACUCAAGUAUCAAUUUAGAGGUCUGAAUUUGUUCAAUACCUUCCACUAUUCCCAACCUCAAGGAUUUGGUCCAUAAAGCUCAAAUUUUUGGGUACCAAAAUAUUCCAUCAAGGAUCUACAGAUUCGAACCAAACCGGAUUAAACCAGAUUGGUGAGUCUACGGCACGUGAAGGAAACGCGCCACGUUUCAAAAACUGGUUUUGGGGGUAGUUUCGUAAUUUACAGAACCAGGGUUUUAGGAGGGUCAAAAAACCCAGGAAGAAGAAGAUCGACAUGGAAGUAUUGGACUUAGAACACCAAACCAUGGAAACGUUCCUGCGUUGGGCAGCAGAGAUUGGCAUUUCAGAUUCCAUUGAUUCUUCUCGAUAUCGCGAUUCAUGUCUGGGCCAUUCCCUUUCCGUCGCCGACUUCCCUCACGCCGGCGGGAGAGGUUUGGGAGCUGUUCGUGAGCUCAAGAAAGGAGAAUUGGUUUUGAAAGUCCCCAGAAACGCAUUGAUGACUACAGAAUCUAUGAUCGCUAAAGAUCGGAAAUUGAAUGAUGCCGUUAUUCUCCAUGGAUCACUCUCUUCGACUCAGAUUCUGAGUGUAUGCUUAUUGUAUGAAAUGGGCAAGGGGAAGAGGUCCUUUUGGUAUCCAUACUUGGUGCAUUUACCUCGUGACUAUGAUCUCUUGGCCACAUUUGGGGAAUUCGAGAAGCAAGCUUUACAAGUUGAAGAUGCUGUUUGGGCUACAGAAAAAGCCAUAGCCAAGUGUCAGUUUGAGUGGAAGGAAGUUGGUUUAUUGAUGGAGGAGUUAGAGCUUAAGUCAAAGUUUCGGAGUUUUCAAGCAUGGCUCUGGGCUUCUGCAACGAUAUCUUCGCGGACACUGCACGUACCAUGGGAUAGUGCUGGGUGUUUGUGUCCUGUAGGGGACUUGUUCAACUACGAUGCUCCUGGAGAUGAUUUGCAUACCCUAGAAGGUCCUGAGAGUGCUAAUGAUGUAGAGGAAGCAGGACUUGUUGUUGAGACACACUCUGAAAGGCUCACAGAUGGUGGAUUCGAGGAAGAUGUCAAUGCUUAUUGUCUUUAUGCAAGAAGGAAUUAUCAGCUAGGAGAACAGGUUCUUCUAUGUUAUGGGACUUACACGAAUCUAGAGCUUCUCGAGCACUAUGGGUUUAUGUUAGAAGAGAACUCAAAUGACAAGGUCUUCAUUCCUCUAGAAACCAGUCUUUUUUCACUAGCUUCUUCAUGGCCUAAAGAUUCCUUAUACAUUCAUCAAGAUGGUAAGCCGUCUUUUGCGCUUGUAUCGACGUUGAGACUGUGGCUGAUCCCACAGAGCCAGCGUGACAAGUCAGUUAUGCGCCUUGUUUACGCUGGAACUCAGAUAUCUGUGAAGAAUGAGAUUCUAGUCAUGAAGUGGAUAUCAGAGAAAUGUGGAAGUGUAAGGGAUCUGCCAACUUCUGUCCUAGAAGACACUCUGCUUCUUCAUAACAUUGACAAACUCCAAGAUCCAGAAUUGCGUUUGGAGCAGAAAGAAACAGAAGCUUUUGGCAGUGAAGUAUGCGCUUUUCUCGAUGCAAAUCGUUUGAGGGAUGUCACUGGAUUUUCUGGGAAACCUGUAGAAUUUUCCAGGAAAACUAGCAGGAUGCUGAGCAAAUGGAGGUUGUCUGUGCUGUGGAGGCUAAGCUACAAGAGAACUCUUGCAGAUUGCAUCUCUUAUUGUAGUGAGAAAAUGAAUAAUCUCUCAUGUACCCAAGAUAGGCUUAGAGAUUUGUAACGUGAAUCGAAAUCUAUCAAUGCUCAAAAGAGGAUUUCUGAUCA